UGUACUUGAAAAUUGCCAACCAUGGCACCAUCCUUCCGUCUGCAGCGCAAACUGUCGGGCCACAGCCGCCCUGCUUCAUGCAUCAAGUUCAGCCCCGAUGGCAGGUUCCUGGCAUCUGGCUGUGCUGACGACACCAUCAACAUCUGGGAUGUGGAGACCGGGUCGCUGAUGACCACGUUCUCGGGACACAAGCAAGGCAUCAACGAUAUUGCGUGGAGCCCAGACUCGCGCUUCCUCGCCUCCGCAUCAGACGACACCCACGUCAUCAUCUGGGACGUGACCAGCGGUCGCAACUUGAAGACGCUCAAGGACCAUUCCAACUAUGUCUUCUGCGUCAACUUCAACCCCCAGUCCAACCUACUCGUCACGGGAUCGUUUGACGAGACGGUUCGGCUGUGGGACGUCAAGACGGGGAAAUGCCUCAAGAUCCUGCCAGCCCACUCCGACCCCAUCACCUCCGUCCACUUUAACAACGACGGCUCCAUGAUUGUGUCCGGCAGUCACGACGGGCUGUGGCAGCGGCGGCGUUCGCAUGGCGACGCCUGCUGCUGGUGGUACACACACGCAAUCGUACGCAACACCGCCCCCUGCAAGCACGGCCACAAGCACGGGCCCACCCUCCACGGCUGCGGCCACAGCGUCAGGAACGACACCAACAGCACCUGGACAGACACCACAGUCAACACCUGGACAGACACCACAGUCAACACAGCAGCAGCAGCAGUCGUCACAUGA